AGUUCACGCAAAUCUCGGGCAGAACCAUGUUAUUAUAAUAUUAUGGCUAUUUUGUAGUUUUAUGCGGUAUUUGUGGUCGACCUUCCUAAGUACUAUAUAUUAUAAUACUCUAAUAAUAUGGGAAGAGACGAAACGAAAAACCAACAAAAUAAUGAAGAAAACAUAGAUUUAGAGAUUAAGGACGGAUUCCUUGAUUUAUUGUAUGAAAGUGAAUCUGUUUCCGGAAACAAUAAUGUAGACAACUUAGAGCAAACACAAAUUUCAAGGAAUCUGGAAACAUCCAGAGAUUCUUUGUCUGAUAGGGAAAAUCGCCUCUAUUCAAAUGAGAAUUGGUCAGAUUUUAGAAUAUGCCGAUCCAUAUUACUGGCCAUAUCUGAUCUGGAAUUUACACGUCCAACCAUAAUACAAAGCAGGGUAAUUCCUAUAGCCCUGGAAGGAAAGGACAUCCUAGCGACCGCUGAAACCGGAUCGGGGAAAACUGCCGCUUUUAUAAUACCUAUGUUACAAAGACUUGUCCUAUCUAAUGUCUUGACGCCAAAAAAUGGUAAAUUUGGAUUUAGAAACUCUACAAAAGAUGUAACAAAAGCAUUGGUAUUGCUUCCAACUAGGGAACUCGCUGCACAAUGUUAUGAUGUACUUAAGGCUUUAACAAGAUUUUUGAAUAUUAACGAUAUUCUGCUAACUGGGGGUAUACCAAUAAAAGAGCAAGAGACCAAAUUAAGUCGUAUUCCUAAUGUUAUAAUUAGUACUCCUGGAAGAGCCUUGGAUAUUCUUUUAAACUCCGGCCGAAUUCAUUUGGAUUCUGUCGAGAUUGUAAUACUGGAUGAAGCAGACAGACUAUUGGAAAUGGGAUUUAGAGAUGAGUGCGUAAACAUUCUAAAGUUUUGCAACAAAAAUCGUCAAACCAUGUUGUUUAGUGCUACAUUGACUGAAGAAACUAAGGACCUCGUAAAUUUGUCCCUAGUAAACCCAAUCUAUAUAAAGAUGGAGGAAUCGACCAAAGUCUCUAAAACCCUUAAUUUCGAAGCAAUUAUGAUACCUAGCGAUGAAUUACGCGAAGCUUGUGUACUUUAUCUCUGUGAAACGCAAUGUAAAUCCAAGUGUAUACUAUUUUUUCAGACGAAGAAGUCAGCUCAUAGAAUGGCCCUGAUAUUUAAAUUACUAAACAUGUCAUGUGGUGAAUUGCAUGGUGAUCUAUCGCAAUUGAAAAGAUUUGAAUCAGUUCAAAAAUUUAGAAAUGGCGAGGUUGAUUAUUUGCUAGCCAGUGAACUGGCAGCCCGUGGUUUAGAUAUCCCUGGAAUUGAUACUGUUAUUAAUGUUCAUUUGCCUACCGAUGUAGUAAGGUACAUACAUAGAGUUGGACGCACAGCAAGGAUGGGAUCCCAUGGAAAAGCUAUUUCAGUUUAUAUAGAAGAGGAGAAAGCGAAAAUGAAGGUCCUUCUAAAAAAGACGUCUAAUAUUGAUAAAAACCUUGGAAAGUAUAAAAGAAGGGUACCUCUCGGUGUACUUAAAAAAUAUUCGGAGAAAAUAGAGGCCUUUGAAGAUCAAAUUAAUGAAAUCUUGAUUAAUGAAAGAAUAGAAAAGGAAAUACGUCUAUGCGAUAACUCACUUAAGAGUGCUAAGGAUGACAAUGCAACAGGGAAAAGACAAUGGUUCCGAUCACUAAAGGAUAAGAAAAUAGCAUCAAAAAUAGAAUUUGCUGAGACAAAACAGAAAACGGCAAAUUAUAUUGCUGAUGAACAUAAAUCAAAAGUUAAUACAAAUAAAAAGGCCGUUAAAAAAAACAAUAAAUCCAAGAAAAAAUAA